GGCGUCAAACCCUCAAGAGCCUGCACCUUUUCCUACCACAUACAACAAACCUGCACUUGCCGGCUUUGGACUCUGUUUCUCUGUUUCACUUAUUUCCCCCUUGCUCUUUUAUUUAUUUAUUAUUUUUUAUCUCUCAGAUUCAACAAUUGGCGAGUCGGGUGUUUGGGAUGUAUUUUAAAGCUGAAGAGAGUCACCGUCCAUGGGCACCCACCACCACCGGCUCGGGAGCCUCCGUGCUCGGGCUUGCUGAGGCUCCUGCUGUCAGAAUCCUCGCGCACCACCGAGCUCAUGUUGUGCGGUAAAAAAGCUGCAAACUCUCGGCCGAGGUUGACGCACACCUUCCGGAGCGGCCGCCGGCCGUCAUCACCCGCAGGUGCCCGACUGCGGCGCGCACUGCCCGGGCUCUCCGCGCACAGACGCGCGUCCCGGAGCCGCCAGCCGUCCGGGCAGAGCAGGGACGCCGAGCAAACAUGGGACUUUCUGUGCUUUUCAGAUGGCUUGUAUUCACAGUGGUGGCCCCUGCCUGGCUGCUCGCUGCUCCCAGCAGCAUCCGGGAGCGGCCCUGCCCCCAGAGCUGCAGAUGUGAUGGGAAAAUAAUAUACUGUGAAUCCAAUGCCUUUCGUGACAUGCCAAACAAUGUGUCUGUGGGCACACAGGGCCUGUCCCUCCGCUACAACAGCCUGGUGAACCUCAGAGCCCACCAGUUUGCGGGCCUGGGCCAACUCGUGUGGCUCUACCUCGACCACAAUUACAUCAACGCCGUGGAUGGCGAGGCUUUCCACGGGAUACGGAGGCUUAAGGAACUGAUUUUAAGCUCCAAUAAGAUCGUAACUUUAAAAAACAACACCUUCCAAGAUGUCCCAAACCUACGAAAUCUAGACCUGUCCUACAAUAAACUGCAGGUUCUCCAGCCCAAUCAGUUCUUGGGCUUACGGAAGUUGCUGAGUUUACACUUGAGGUCCAACUCCUUAAAAACCGUCCCCAUGCGCAUCUUCCUCGACUGUCGCAACCUGGAGUUCCUCGAUAUUGGCUACAACAGGCUGAGGAGCCUCACGCGUAACGCCUUUGCGGGACUCCUAAAGCUCGUCGAACUUCACUUGGAGCACAACCAGUUUUCAAAGAUAAACUUUGCCCAUUUCCCCCGCCUGACCAACCUGCGGGCGCUCUACCUGCAGUGGAACCGUGUCAAACUGCUAACGCAGGGCCUGCCGUGGAUGUGGACUUCGUUGCAAAAGUUGGACCUCACAGGGAACGAGCUGCAGGAGCUGGAUCCCAGCACAUUUCGGUGCCUGCCCAACCUCCAGACUCUAAACCUGGACUCUAACAAACUCAGCAAUGUCUCCCAGCAGACAGUGGAGACCUGGAUCUCCCUCACCACCAUCAGCCUGGCCGGUAAUUUGUGGCACUGUAAUCCCAACAUAUGCCCGCUGGUGUCCUGGCUCAAAGCCUUCAAAGGUAACAAGGAGACUACUAUGAUUUGUGCCAGCCCUAAGGAGGCACAAGGAGAGAAGGUAACAGAUGUGGUGGACACUUACAACAUCUGCACCGCGACUCCGACCCCUCUCACCUCGACGACACUGCCCCUCACGUCGGCGUUUCAGCCCGAGCUGCUGCCUCUCCCCACUCAGCCCGUGGUGGAUCAGAAGCUGACCCUCAACAGGACGGCGCCCCCGACUCCUUCCAAGGCGUCCCCCACCGCCCCCUUGCCCGAGACCGAGUUUGUGUCCUUCCACAAGAUCAUAGCCGGUAGCGUGGCCCUCUUCUUGUCCGUGGCUAUAAUUCUGCUGGUCAUCUACGUGUCGUGGAAGCACUACCCCAGCAGCCUCAAACAGCUGCAGCUACGCUCAGCUGUCAAAAAGCGGCAGAAAAAGGCACGUGAGACUGAGCGCUCCUUUAAUUCCCCACUGCAAGAAUACUAUGUGGACUACAAGCCUUCCCCCUCAGAGACUAUGGAUAUGCUGGUUAAUGGGACAGGACCCUACACAUACACCAUCUCAGGCUCCAGGGAAUGCGAGGUAUGACUGUUGCCCUCCAAAAAUCCAUUUCCACUGCGAGGCGUGAGAGAUACUGCGGCAGCUGAAUCCCUUGACCCUGUACAGGUGUGAGCAGUCGGUUCUGGAUUACGGCCAUGCUCACUUGUUGCUGCCCCAGGAUACGGGGACAGGACCCUCCGCACAGGCGCUGGGAGGUCCGGGGA